AUGGUUGAGCUGUGCUUAGAAUUGGAAGCUACAAGCCCCGACCUGAUGGCGCACCCCCCACCUCCGCAGCCAGUGCAGCAACCACACGUAACCUUGCCACAGCAGGAUAUGCUAGAGCUGUUGCCUGCCCUCCCGAUGGAGUUCCUGCAGAGCCAAAGUGCAACCCCGUCAUUUUCGCCGUUCUCUGGAGAGCAUGUGCCCCUUCCAGUCAGCACCCUCCCUCAGCAACCCCAACAAGAUAUUUUUGCGCCGCUUGAACACUUGCUGAGUCCACCAGCUGGCUCUGCUGUUGUCACUGAACCGCUGUCCCAGCAGCCUCACAGCAGUUCAUUCACAGCGGCGAACUGGUGGUCAGCAUUUCCUCCCGCUCACCCCACAACAACAGCCUCCUCGUAUUAUGAGGGCAUGGGGCAAGGGCUCGAGACAAGCAGCAGUGCAACAUCUCAGGUGUUGCCUUCAGUCCCAUCGCAGCAGGUCGAGAUAUCUGUAGGCUCGAAAAGGGGGCGGCCUGCAGCCUCUUCGCCUCCCCCUGCAAAGCGGACGAAGGGGAACGUUUCGUCGGCAGAAGAACACGGCGGGGUGGCUGGACACCCCAGCGUCGAUGGGGGCGAAGGCCAACAGCCUUCCUGGGGUGCUUCCAGUCUUUCUCCUGAUUCGUGGCUUUCUCCCUCCUCCUUCGGCCUCCCUUUAGAUUCACCAUCAUAUUCUUCACUGUAUGCUCCUGAAUUGGAAGAAUCUGGACCGUCUAGGCGACAACCGGAUGGCGGCUACGCACCACAACCGCAACAUACCCCUCCAGUUCAGCAGGAUGCAGACGCCGCUGCGGGGGCCCGCCCCGCGGGUGCCUCAUCAGAAGAUAGCCUUUUAAGCAUCCUCCUAAGAAGGCCUCGUGCAACCGCGAGUGCAUCUGGUUCUGCCGAUGCAUCCGCUACUUCUUCUGCGUCGACUGCUAGUGAUGAUGAAGAGGAGAGCGGAGAGUCGUCACCAGAAGAGUCAGCUGGUGCGGUCGAUUCUCACCCUUUUUAUCGGUUGCCUUCGCUCUUGCCGGGUGUAUGGACACCUCCGUUUUUUUUGGGGACCAUAGAUGAGGAGUUUCUGAAGCCGCCGCGGCUGGUGCACACGUGUUUGUCGUCCUUGCGUGAGUUGUUCCUCAAGCAAGAACUCGACCAAAAAGAUGCAGAAGCCGUUCGUUCUGCUGCAGUGCGUCUAGCGCGGUAUAUGCACAGGCGACAGAACGAACCUAUGAAGGGUAUGUGUCCGGUUAGGGUUGCCUAUUAUUUGGGGCGGCGGUAUUUGAUGUUAGAUGCUAUCUUCUCUGCUAUAUUAGUUUUGGGUCCUUCGCCCGAGGCGCUGGAGAACUGGCGGGAAUUCGCGAACGGAAUCCCAACAGAUCCGCAUUUCAUAUACAAAAAAGGAUGCGGAAAAAAGUUCAAGAGAAACAUGCGCUUUGUCAAAAGACUGAAUGAAGCGGUGAAACAGCUGAAGAGCGGCGUUAGGCCUUCAGCCAAAGAAACCGUGGAGUUAAAACGAUUCCUUCUAUGCGAACUCCGAAAUAAUGAGUUCAAGAGAGGUACAUAUGACCCCUGGAGACUCGAUGAUGUGGCGUUUCGAAAGGGGAAAACGCGCUAG